AUGCCAAGCUACGUUGUGACUGGGUCAAGCAGAGGACUUGGUUAUGCCUUGGUCAAGGUCCUGGCGUCAAAUCCCCUCAACACAGUCAUUGGACUUGUUCGAGACCCAACCGUUACUCGAGCUCGCCUAGACGCCGACGGCAUAUUCAACGUGCACGUUGUAGCCGCAGACAUUAGCGAUGGCACAGCCGUGAGAAAUGCUGCAGAGGAAACGAAACGCUUUCUUGGAGGCGCGGGAUUAGAUGUCUUGAUAAACAAUGCCGCUUUGAAAGACUUCGAGCAUAAUACGCAAACCGUCUUGGAAGAGGCGCAGAAGAGCUUCGAUAUCAAUGUUUCAGGCGUUGCCCAAACCGUCUUCGCUUUCCUUCCACUGCUCCGAGAAGGAAAAAUGAAGAAAAUUGUGGGAAUAUCGAGUGGUAUGGGCGAUAUUGAUCUAAUAAACGGUGUCAAUCUUGCGAAUGCAGCUCCUUACGCCGUAAGCAAAGCGGCCUUGAGCACCAUGUUUGCAAAAUUCAACGCUGCGUAUCAAGAUGAAGAGCUUUUGUUCUUCACCAUAUGCCCCGGUCUCGUCGACACCGCUGAGGGUAAUACCACUUAUAAUGAAUGCCAAAUUUGA